AUGCUGGCCAGCGGGUGCCCAGGGGUGCCAUGGCUCUGGGCCAUGCUGCCAAGGAGCUGCGACAGAGGGAGAGCCUGGAGAGGUCGGACGAGGAGAACCUGAAGGAGGAGUGCAGCAGCACUGAGAGCACCCACCAUGAGCACGAGGAGCUGGCGGGCCCCCGGGCCAAGGAGGCACAGCGGCUGGAGGAGGAGCGCGCCAGUGUGCUCAGCCGCCUGGACCAGCUGAAGGGCCACGUCAAGGAGCUGGAGCAGCAGCUGCAGGAGACAUCGCGAGAGGCAGAGAUGGAGCGGGCGCUGCUGCAGGGUGAGCAGGAGUCAGAGGCGGCGCGGCUGCGGCAGGAGCAGGAGGCGGUGCAGCAGCUGCAGGAGAAGCUCUCCAGCCUGGACGCCAGCAUCCGGAAGGAGCGGGGCAAGGAGGCGGAGGCGCUGGAGACGGAGGCCAAGCUGUUUGAGGACCUGGAGUUCCAGCAGCGGGAGCGGGAGAGCCGCCUCGAGGAGGAGCGCGAGGCGCGGGGCCAGCAGCUCCUGCAGAGCCGGGCCGAGUGCCACCGCAGCAUCCCCAGCAGGAAGGAGCGGGUGGCUGCCCUGGACGCCCAGGCUGCCCAGAUCCUGCUGCAGAGCGCCCAGGAGGCCGAGCGCCUGGCCAGGGAGAGGAACGGCGUCCUGCAGCUCCUACAGAAGGAGAAGGAGAAGCUCGUGUCUCUGGAGAGGCGAUACCAGCUCCUCACAGGCGGCAGGAGCUUCCCCAAAAUGUCCUCAGCUCUCAGAGAGAUGGAGCAGCAGCUGCUGGGGGGCCCCGUGUGGCUCCCGGCUCUUGAUUUAGAGAAGUGGUACCAGGAGGUCAUGGCUGGCUUUGAGACCUCCUCCUCCUCUGUCUCUCCUCCUUCUUCCCCUCCUCCGCUUCCAGCUAAAGCUCACUCCUCUCACAAGCCUCUCCAGGUCUAUCGUGCCAAAACAGAGGGCGACGCUGGUGCCCUCACCCCUCGGAUGAAGACCGUGACUCCCUCGUCCUCACAGCUCAACCUCUGCGUGCUGGGGCGCAGCCCCUCACCCAAGCUGACCACCUGCCGUCCUGCUCAGGGCCCACCGAGCCCGGUGGGCAGCCUGCCCCGCAACCUGGCGGCCACGCUGCAAGACAUCGAGACUAAGCGCCAGCUGGCCCUGCAGCAGAAGGGUCAGCAGGUGAUUGAGGAGCAGAAGCGGCGGCUGGCAGAGCUGAAGCAGAAAGCGGCCGCCGAGGCUCAGUCCCAGUGGGAAGCCCUGCAUGGGCAGCCCCCCUUCCCCGCUGCCUUCCCCCCACUCGUGCAUCACUCCAUCCUCCACCACCACCGUCCCCAUGGCAUCGGGCCCCGGGCCGAGGAGCUGGACCACGCGUACGACACCCUCAGCCUGGAGAGCUCAGACAGCAUGGAGACGAGCAUCUCCACGGGCAACAACUCUGCCUGCUCACCCGACAACAUCUCCAGUGCCAGCGGGAUGGAGGCGGGGAAGAUUGAGGAGAUGGAGAAGAUGCUGAAGGAGGCACACGUGGAGAAGUCACGGCUGAUGGAGUCCCGGAAGGAGGUCAAGCUGCGGGAGAAGCACUUCUCACAGGCUCGUCCCCUGACGCGGUACCUCCCAAUCCGCAAGGAGGAUUUCGACCUGCGGCUGCACAUCGAGUCCUCGGGCCACAGCGUGGACACCUGCUACCACGUCAUCCUGACAGAGAAGAUGUGCAAGGGCUACCUGGUCAAGAUGGGCGGCAAGAUCAAGUCUUGGAAGAAGCGCUGGUUCGUCUUCGACCGCAUGAAGCGCACCCUCUCCUACUAUGUGGAUAAACACGAGACAAAGCUGAAAGGUGUCAUCUACUUCCAAGCCAUCGAAGAGGUUUACUACGACCACCUCCGCAGCGCGGCGAAGGUGAGAGCCGGGCACUGCGCUGCCCUGCUACUUUUUAUUUCCUCGCGUGGUACAGAGGCUGCGGCGGUGAUGUCGGUGGACGUGGGCAGCGAAUCGAUGAAGAUCGCCAUCGUGAAACCCGGGGUGCCCAUGGAGAUCGUCUUAAACAAGGAGUCACGAAGGAAAACACCCGUGGCGGUUUCUUUGAAGGAGAACGAGCGUCUCUUCGGCGAUAGCGCGCUAGGGAUGUCCAUAAGGAGCCCCAAAGUGGCAUUCAGAUACUUUCAGGAUCUGCUGGGUAAGCGUGUCGAUAACCCCCACGUGGCGCUGUACCGGUCCCGAUUCCCAGAGCAUGAACUGGUGAAGGAUGAGAAAAGGCAGACCGUUAUCUUCAAGCUAUCCCAAACGAUACAGUAUUCUCCAGAGGAGGUGCUGGGGAUGGUCCUGAACUAUUCACGUGGUCUGGCUGAGGAAUUUGCAGAGCAGCCCAUCAAGGACGCGGUGAUCACUGUUCCUGCCUACUUCAACCAGGCGGAGAGGAGAGCAGUUCUGCACGCCGCACGCAUGGCCGACUUGAAGGUGCUGCAGCUGAUAAAUGACAACACUGCUGUAGCGUUGAACUAUGGAGUUUUUAGGAGGAAAGACAUCAAUGCCACCGCACAGAAUAUCAUGUUUUACGACAUGGGAGCAGGAAGCACCGUUUGUACUAUUGUUACGUAUCAGACAGUGAAAACUAAGGACUCGGGAACCCAACCUCAAUUGCAGAUCCAGGGCAUUGGGUUUGACCGUACUCUUGGGGGUUUAGAGAUGGAGCUUCGUCUCCGGGACUAUUUGGCGAAACUCUUUAAUGAUCAGCACCCUUCAAAAGACGUCCGAAAGAAUCCCCGGGCCAUGGCCAAACUACUGAAGGAGGCCAACCGCCUGAAAACUGUCCUGAGCGCAAACGCUGACCACAUGGCACAGAUUGAGGGGCUACUGGAUGACAUCGACUUCAAGGCCAAGGUCUCAAGGCAAGAAUUUGAGGAUUUGUGCUCUGACUUGUUCCAGCGAGUCCCAGGACCUGUGCAGCAGGCUCUGAGCAGUGCAGAGAUGAACCUGGAUGGAAUUGACCAGGUGAUUCUAGUUGGCGGUGCCACACGGGUCCCCAAAGUGCAGGAGGUUUUGCUGAAAGCUGUGGGCAAAGAAGAACUUGGCAAGAAUAUCAAUGCCGAUGAGGCUGCUGCUAUGGGUGCCGUCUACCAGGCAGCUGCUCUGAGCAAAGCCUUUAAGGUGAAGCCUUUCGUUGUUCGGGAUGCCGCCGUGUUUCCUAUCCAGGUGGAGUUUACUCGUGAAGUUGAGGAGGAUGAUAAAUCCAAGAGUUUAAAGCAUAACAAGAGGAUUUUGUUCCAGCGCAUGGCGCCCUAUCCACAGCGCAAAGUUAUCACUUUCAACCGCUACACAGACGACUUUGAGUUCUAUGUCAACUAUGGAGAUCUGUCUUUCCUGAACCAGGAUGACAUGCGGAUUUUUGGUUCUCUCAAUCUCACUACCGUGAGGCUGAAGGGAGUUGGGGACAGUUUCAAGAAGUACUCAGACUAUGAGUCCAAAGGCAUCAAAGCUCACUUCAACAUGGAUGAGAGUGGAGUACUAAGUCUUGACCGGGUGGAAUCUGUGUUUGAGACCUUGGUGGAAGACAAGCUGGAGGAGGAGUCAACGCUGACAAAACUUGGAAACACCAUCUCAAGCCUGUUUGGGGGCGGUGGCCCUACGCCAGAGACUGGAGAGAACCUGACGGACUCGGUUCAGGAAGAAGAAGAGAGCCUAGCAGAAACAGGUAAAGAAGAGCAAGGGGAGAAACAAGACCAGAAAAGCAGUGCAGAAGAUGCUGGUGAAGAGCAGGGAGAAGAGAAACAGCAGUCUCCAGGUCAGGCAGAAACUGCCCCUCCGAAAGCAGAGUCACAGAAAAAGGAAGAAGGCGAGAAAUUAGAGUCUCAGGAUCCCAAAGAAAAUAGAGAAACUGCGAAAGAGGAAGAACCGUCCAAAAGUUCCGGUGACAGCACAGUCACCAAAACGGAGGAAGAGAAGAAGAUCAAAGCACCCAAGAAGCAGAAGCUCGUCCAUGAGAUCACCAUGGAACUGGAUGUAAACGAUGUGCCUGACCUGCUGGAGGAUGAACUGAAGAGCUCGAUGAAAAAGCUCCAAGACUUGACAGUCAGAGACCUAGAGAAACAGGAAAGAGAAAAAUCUGCCAACAGCUUGGAGUCAUUCAUCUUUGAGACCCAGGACAAGCUUUACCAAGAGGAGUACCAGUUUGUCUCAACAGAGGAGCAGAGAGAAGAAAUUUCCAGAAAGCUUAGCGAGGCUUCCAGUUGGAUGGAGGAGGAGGGCUACGCAGCUGCAACUAAGGAGCUGAAAGACAAGCUUUCAGAACUGAAAAAGCUUUGUAGGAACCUCUUCUUCCGCGUCGAGGAAAGGAGAAAGUGGCCGGAACGCCUGGCUGCCCUGGAAAGUCUGCUCAACCACUCAACCAUCUUUCUCAAGGGAGCCCGAAUGAUUCCAGAGUCUGAUCAGAUAUUCACAGAAGUGGAACUGAGUACACUGGAGAAAGCCAUCAAUGAAACAACGAUUUGGAAAAAUGAGACGCUGGCUGAACAGAACAAGCUCUCUCCUACUGAGAAACCCAUCCUGCUGUCCAAAGAUAUAGAGCUCAAGAUAGCAGGCCUGGACAGGGAAGUGCAGUAUCUUCUGAAUAAGGCCAAGUUUGCAAAACCCAAACCCAAAAAGGAGAAGAACACCACAAAAAACGAUUCAGGCAAGAAUGCUACAGCAACCUCUGAGACCGAGAACACUAUCCCUCCCACGGAGGGGAAACAAGAAGGCAAACCUGAGGAUAUCGGUCCAGCCAAGGAACCUCCGACAGCUGAGAAAGUAGCAACAGAUGAUGAGCCAGGAUCAGACUCUGGGUCCAAAAAAGAGAAGAAGACAGAAGCGGGAGGAGAAAGCAGGAAAAACGAUGAGUUGUAACACCCCUGAAAUCCCACUAGUGUCAACAUCUAUUUAUUUCAUGGUUACUUUCUUGUUUUUAUAAUGGGCCUGGUUAGUCAUGAUGUAAAUGGAACACAGUGAACAGUCUGACAACAAAAUGGGAUAGAGAUGUAAAUUUUAUUUUUUUUUUUCUUUCUGGGGAUUUUGCCGCUACUAACUUAGUGAAUUGGGUUUUUGUUUUUCUUAUGUGUUUAAAGGUGGCAGUGUGCCCACCCAGAAUUGUUUCAGUUUCAGUACCGAAGUCACCAAAGUGACUUUUCUGUGGAGAGAAAGCAGUAAAGAAACAUCUGAAGCUUUAGGAAGUAACUUGGAACAUAAACUCUGUGCCACACCUCCUCUAGUGAAGAUGAACGGGAUUAAUGCAGAAGCAUAUGUAGAUGAGAUGGUGUUAUCUUUGCGUAUGAGGCCCUUGCUUAAAGAAAUUGCGUGAUUUCAGCUGAUGGGAGGUGUAUUCUCAUUUGGAUUCAUGGGAUAGUGGAACAGAAUUGGGGAGGUGGAUGGCCCGUGCUUCGAGAUAAGAAAGCGUCUGUUUUCCACAGACUGUUGUUAGGACCAUCUCUAUCCGUGCUCUGUAGCAGAGUCUGAAAACCGUGACGAAAAGAUUCUGUUUAUAGUUUACUACAAAAAAAAGAGCUGGGAAAUAGCAAUACCGAACGCGAAGGAGGCUGGAAGAAGAAACGUGUUAGUGCACGUUGUAGUCAGAACCACCGCUGGUAACGGACCACAGAGGAGGCACAGGGUUAGGCAAAACCAGAACUGGCACAGGUAACCGUAACUACCCUCCUUCCCCUGCAUCGUGUGUACUCGGACUGGCUUCAUCGUGAACCUCCAUGCCCGUGGCUGUGGCCUCCCCACUCCUGCUGCCGUACACGAGUGGAGUCUCUGAUCGACUCACGCGGACACCUGUGACUGUGCACCUGAUGUUGUUCUCCAUUUUGGCCUCUUCAACCAAAAAUAAAAACGACGCUUCCUUGACAGUCUCU